AGAAGAGAAUGGAACUUUGGGUGUUGGACCAGCCCAACUGGUCGCAAUUCUUGGUGCUGGCCAAAAGGAGCGUGGCCUCUGGGGAUGAGAAUGGUGGUGCAAGCUUUCGAGGAUUCCAGGCCUUGGUUUCCGGCAUUCCAGAUUUCCAGGUUUCCAUCCACGUAGUCUUACAUGAAGUACAUACCUACAAAUCAAGCGAGGCGACAGAGAUGGACGUAAACAAAAGAACAUUUAUUGAUCGUUUUGCCCAGUCAGUAGCAUACCAUGGCAAGUCCCUGAUCAGUUUGACUAAAGAUGAACAAGGUGAUGGAGAAAGUUCGGCAACAGACUUCCUUUGUCCUAAUACUGCAGACCAUUUGGCUGUGAAUUACUUUAGAAAUAGGCUUCAAGCAAGUUGUCGUACGGAAGGAGCAAGUGAAUUUUUAGGGGAAAUGAGUGGAGUACAUCCGAUGCCUGAAAAUGAAAGAGAGUUACAUCCAUCAAAUAAGCAGCAAGAAAUCAAACGAUCUAGUAACCUAGACGAAAAUUUCCACCAAAGAGUGAGGAAGUUUAUUGCAUCCAAAGCAGACUUAUUGUUUUCAAUGGAAGGCAAGAAGAAGCUGAGAAGAGGGAUAGACUAUGGCAUGCAUUCAAACCAAGAGGUGUUGGAUCUCUAUGCUGAUACACCUCCUCUUGAGACGUUGAUGGAAGUGCCUUUGGAUGUUCGAAGGAACCAGUUGUUUAAGUGCAUGAAGGAAGGAGACAUUGUUGUCGGAAAAGUAGCUUUCAAGAGACCAUUUUGUAUCAUUGUGACACUGAAAAUGCUGGAAUUUGGAUGUAACAGAGACUUCACUGAUCUUGAUAUACAGGCCCUAUGUAAGUUAUCUGAAUUAGAUAGCUCAGAAAUAUCCAAGGAAUACAAAGAUCCAACUGAUGCUUAUGUGGUUGGUGAUGUUGUAAGAGGAGUCAUCAUAGCUGUGAAUUUACAAGAGAACAGAGUUUCCAUUUCAUUAAAACAAUCAAGAUUGCCCGAUGAACAUAAACACUUGCGCCUGGGUGUCAUCGAAGAUCCAGAUACAGUUUUCAAGCGGUUACAGAGUAAUCCAGAGGGACUUAGUUUUGAAGAACAUCUAACCAAGCAUAAAGGUUUUAACAACCCAAGGAGUAUUGAUACCCUUACAGACCUGCUUGGUGUGGACACUUCUGCUCCAUGUUCAUUGUUGAGAAGCUUCCAAAGGUAUGAAUGUCCUGAAAGUGAAUAUGCAGAGCCAUUAAGGAGACAACAGUCUGCCAAAUGGUCAAUGGAGACCACUGCUAAAGGAGUGGAACAUUUUAAAGCAGGAAAUAAUGAUACAGCAAUGAAGUACUUUAAGCAUGCGCUGCAGAUUGAUGGUGAAAAUGUCGAGGCACUUGUAGCACAAGGAGCUCUCUGCGCUAAUCAAGGCCAGCUCUCUGCUGCCAUCAAAGAUUUUCGGCGUGCACUGACAAUUUGUCCAAGCCACAGGAACGCCAAGAAGUAUCUCACAGCAACGCUAGUGGAGCAAGGAAUACAACAAGAAAAAGAAGGCCUUUUGACUGAAGCUGUGCAGAGUUUGAAAGAAGCAUUGGGACUUGAUCACAAUCAACAAACUGCUAAAGAGAAUCUGGAAAAACUUCAGCAACAACUAGAACAUAACGAACAGAAGAAAGCCCAGGCUGCCGCUGCAAUGAUUGACAAGGGGCUCAAGAGCAGAUUCAGUCACGUGAGGGAACUGAUACUGGAGGAACAAAGCCAAGCAAAGAAGAAACAGAAAAAGAAAAACAGGAAGAGGAAGAAGGUAAAACAUCUCAAGAAAAAGAAAAAGAAGUCCACGGCGAAAGUUCGCUGCCGCUCAAAACGCUCGUCUAGCUCAUCACGCAGUUCCAGCGAAUCUUCCAGCGAAAGCGAAUCCUCCAUACAAUCUAGUGACAGUGAAGAAUGGGUGGAAAGUACUGGAACAGCUCAGAACGAAUUGAAGAAAGGUAGACAACAGGGAAAUAAUUCUAAACAAGAUCAUAGACAUCAGAGUGGCCGAGAACGUCGUAUUCAUACAGAUGCUUCACACAAAGAGACAAACCGUCGGAGUCGCAAAAGGACGGAGUACUCACCGGAAAAGGACGGGAAAAAAGCGGACAAUUGGAGCCUGAAACGUGGCAGAGUGAAGAGAGAAAAGAGAAGACUGUCUUCUAGUCGUUCGUCCUCAUCACGGAGUCCUAGUGUCGGCAGAGAGAGGGAGAAAGAACGAGAAAGACUAAGACGUAAAGAAAGAAGAGAACGAGUUAGCCACGAUAUAAAUCGAAGCCCUGUGGAAAGGAAGAAUUGUGAAUGGGCGUCAUAUAAACGAGAUAGCGAGGAUGUAUCCAAAAGGAUGCAUUCCCCACAGAAGGGUAAUGUUGCUUUGCCUUUCUUUCAAGAAAAAUCACUAGAAAGCGUGCUAAAGAGAAUCAGAGAAGACAGUGGUAAAGAUGCCGAUGAUUACCGCGCAAGGAAAAAAGACGCCAGUCUUAGCAGUAAAAUUAAUACUGUCAGCGAUCACAGAAGCUCGGAGAAGUUACGUAGCCGGGAAACUGAGCGGUCAAGUUCAAGGCAUUUCAAGGAAUAUGCUCUUUCCAAAGAUCAAAGCUCUACAGACGUUCUUGUAAGCAAACCUGAGGCUGCAUAUAGAACAGCGGGUCGUGUAAGGGAGACAUCAAAAUCCCUCGGGCUACGGGACCAAACAAGCGGGUCUUCCAGGAACAGAAAACCUUCCCUGGUGUCGUACGAGGCUAGUUCCGAUGAAGAAAAAAGCUGAUAGCUUGGAAAACGUGUGAUGCUGUCUUGCAGUCUGAUCAAUCUGCAAUCAGUCUCUCUCGGCGUGAAACUCGUGAAAAAUCGCUUUCAAGGCCAUCUGUUUUCAUACAUACUGUGGGACCUCCGAGCGGUGACUGAUGUAGCAGUUUGGAACGCAGCUCUUAUUAUGAACCAGUCUGAGUGCAUGAAUUAGAAUAUUUUAUGACAUUUUCUGUAUAAAUUAAUUAUUAAAUUGGCUUGGCAAAUCCUCCGCAGGAAAAAAUAAAGUCGUUAAUCCUUAGCGCUCAUAAAAACAUUAAAACAUAACAUACACAAUGUAGUUAGUGCAGGAGCAAAGGCUGUGUUAGGCUCACAAGGUAUUGUGGUAAAAUGUACAGCUGUCAUUUUUUUCCUAUAAAGAGGCUCGAGUACGCCUUCUGAAUCCGCUUGUCGCUUUCCACGGUUCGGCAUUUGACUGGUUCGAACCGACUUAUAUUCUUGCUGGUCAGCAGCCAUUUUCGCCACAUAGCAACCGUAAGCGUACGAUCUAAAAGUUACUUGCAAAGAAACUGCAGACACUUGGAGUUUUCCUUUUAUUUUAGCAAGUUUGAACUUCUCGCCGGAAAAUGUAACCUAUGAUCCCCCAUCCCUUUAAUCAGUACCGGCUUCGUCCUCUUUUGGAAUCGACAUUGAAAAGUUACCAAGUAUUGUUCUGCUGUUUUUAGCAACACUAGUUCGCAUUAUUCUGCUGUUGUAUAAAACAAUAAUGGUAGUACAGUUCAAUCCCCACUAAAUGGCCACCUUCGGGGAAAUGGGUAGUGGCCGCUAAAUAGAGGUUAAAUUAAUAGAUGAGUCCUCAUCGAGACUUGGAUUACUGGCCCACGCCUAAUAGGGGUUACCGUUUAAUAGGGAUUCGACUGUAAUUACUUUAUCACAGGAGUAUCUCUACAACUAUGCAAUUGAUUGUACCUCUGGUAUUUGCAAUCUUCCAAGAAAUUUAGAUCGGAAGUCGUAGUAAGUUUUUUCUUUUUUUCAUCAUUUCUCUCGGUACAACACCUCUGAUCAAUACUAAAUGCUUAGAAAUUGAUCAUGUUAACGCCUCGCUGAAAUGGAAGCUGUCAUAGCUGGAUCGGGUCUGUGUACAUUUGUUGUCCUUAACCUCGAGAAGAAAUCAAUAAAGAACGGAUUAGACAGGC